CUUUCUAGGACUGUUGUGCUUUCUUUUAAUAUCCUUUGUUUGACACAGAACAUAGGUUGCUCCUGAAUGUUUCAUUUUUAUUUAUUGUUCUCCCAUGUAAAAUAGAAGAAAAGGAUUAAUUUGGAGUGGUUAGAUGCAGAGUUAGAUUUUCUGUCUGUAUUCAGGGAACAAUUUGAACUUUUAAAUAACUCAUGCACAUCAUAUUUGGCAUUAUCUAGAUAAAAACUUUUUCCAGUACAGGGAAUAUAUGAGCAAUAAAAUAAACAAUAAAAGUAUAAACACUCCCUUCCUUUUUUGCUCUCGGGUUUUCGGUUGGAUUAGGAAAAUAAAAAUGGGCCAGCUGUGUACCAAGUGUGUUCAAUUGCUUUACGACUUUGCUGUCUCGGUGAAAACACUGUUGUCAGGUGUGUUGCGGGACAUUAGAGAGUGUUUGGCUGAGAUCGCUGACUGCCCUUGCCUAAAACGAAAAAAUGUUGAAAUGAGACGGCUCUACAAACCUGUUCUUCAUCCCUAUGAAGAGGAGACUGCCCAAGACUUUCUGCAACACAUUGAAAGAGGUUUUGAAAUGUCAUCACUUGGCAAGAUCUCUUUAGAGGCCUUGAAGACCUUGGCAUUUUCAGAUCACCCGGGCUUGCAAAUGCUUGCUGCUCUCUAUUAUCUACAUAUAAGCCAAGACUUAAACGUUCAACUGUCCCAAGAGCAUUUGGAAACGUAUUAUGCUUUGCUGAAGUCUAAUGACUUGGAGGUUCAGCAGAUUUCAUCUUUAUCCCUGCUCAGUUUUUUAUUAGAAGGAAAUGUAACCAAGGAGCAUGUCAUAGAAAUGGAUUUACUUGAGCCAAUCCUAGAGCUACUUGAAUCAGAUGACAUCAAUAUCCAGGGUAAUUCCUGUGCCUGCUUAAUGAUGCUGGCUGACUCAGAGGCCUGUCGGAAUGCAAUUGCGGCAGCAGGUGGAACUAUACCCUUACUUUCCCUUUCCAAAUCUCAUGAUAUUGGCGUUCAACAAAAUGCCGUUCAAGCUAUUUUCAACCUCACGGGAUCAGAAUGGAUCCAAAGGGUUUUGGUUCGUCAAAGUGCUCUCCCAAUUCUCACCCGUUUAUUAGAGUCUCCUGACACAGAAGUACAGUACUACAGCUGUGCUGCUCUCAGCAACGUGGCUACAAAUUCACAGCACCACAAAGCCAUGCUUCACGUCAGUGACAGGUUUCUUCUGCAGACUCUCCUUUCUCUCCUGUCUUCAGGUGUGGACAAGAUUUCAAACCAAGCUUGUAUUUGCCUCAGGAAUUUAGCCACAAAUGAGUUUGUUCUGACCAGUCUUGUUGCUAUGCAAAUCCAGUCCCGUCUUCUCCCUCUCUUGACAUUUAGCAAUAAAGAGAUUCAGCAGAAUUCAGUAAUUCUCCUCCAGAUAUUAUCCCAACACCCGGGCAAUCAGGAUGCCCUGAUGUCUGAUGAGAUGCUGCAAGCUUUGGGCGAACUGUUGCUUACCUGGAGAACAGACCCAGUAAUUGUUGGUCAAAUGGCUUGCCUCAUCAAAAAUCUCAGCCUUUCUAAAAACAUACAGAAAAUCCUAGAAAGUCCAUGCAUCAAAGGCCUUCUUCAAGCUAUCCACAGUGCCCAUGUACUAGACGAUUCCCUUUUCUAUGUGAUAUCUUGUCUUGCUGAACUGGUGAAGCAUGAAGGAGCCACAGUGCAUAUUGUAGCAUUGAUGGAUGAACCAGGGAUAAAUCAUUUGGUGAAAUUAGCUAACCAGGUGGAACAAACCGAGCUUUCGUUCCAAGCUGCCUUUAUGAUCAAACACUUCGUAAGGCAUGAAGAGGUAGUGACUCUGUUAAAAACUCACAUGAACCAGGUUCAGCAAUAUCUGAUGAAGUAUCUGAUUCACCGGGAGAUUCGUUUUCAGCAUUUAGGCAUAACCACUCUCUGCGCAUUACAGAAAGAUCCAGACUUUUUGGCAGCAUUCAGUAGCAGUGAACUGAAGAAGCACCUUGAUGAAAUCUGUCAACAGACUGAAAUUAUGCAAGAACUUCUCAGUGUUGCUAUUGGACAUAUGGAGGCAUGAGAGACACUUCCAGCCUGCAUAUCAUUAGCCAACAUGGAGGCCAUUAGCCUCUGAAUGGGCGGCUGAGCUAAGAUAUUGGCAUCUUAGGUUUAACGGAUCAGCCUUGGGUAAAUCCACAACAGCUACAUACAGAAAUUAUGAUGUCCGUUAUUUGGGUAGAAAUUAAAGGGACAUUUCACCCAUCAUGAGGCACGUAAACAGACUCCAUUGAAAAUGUUUGGGUUUAUGAUUAUAUCAAAAAUUUGCCAUGGUUGUCUUAUCUCAGAUGGCUGAUUCACAUAUACUGUAACUGUUCGUUGUUUUGAUGCAUUCAUGGACCAGUCUUAAAGAUAGUUCUACUAUACAGAUGCAAGACAGAUGGAACAAUCUAAACAAUCAAACAAUCUAGUUCUGUUAUACAGAUGAUGCAAUUUUGUACCAUUCUUGCUGAUUUGUAAUCUGCAGAUCUCUGCAGAUUCGGAUUAUCCAUCUUGCCUUGGAAUUAACUUUGGCAAUAUUCUUAUUUUAAUAAACUGAGAUUUGAUUGUUUUAACAGCGUUGAAAUGGGGGAAAAAAAAUCUCCGCCAGCAAAUAAUUAUGUGCAUGUAGGUUUUCAAGAGAAAUUUGUGAAGUUUUUAUUAAAAUGGGCAUUUCUAGAAAAAUGUGUAUUUAUGUAAAAUGUUUGUGUUGUUGUGACUAUUUUAAGAUGCUACUUGCUGUAUGUUUGUAUAUAGGCAUGAAUGAGUCUUCUCCUUCCUGGUCAUUAACUGAUACGACUUCAGGGAAGGGAGCUGGAGCAUUCCCAUCAUAUUAGAACAUGUGGAACAGGCAGAAAUAAUUGGAGACAGGUGAUUCCAUCAAUGACAGUUGUUGAAUCCAAAGGUUUCUAAGUGCGUAUUUGCGUAUUUGUAUUAAAGUAGAAAGUAAGUAGAAAGAUCUUCUGGAGGACAUGGGAUUAUCUACCAAAGAGGAUAUACGGUACCUAGUUGCCCAAAUAAACCUAUUCAGAACCUGUUCCUAUACGUAUGUGCAUAUGCUCAAGAGCUUUGUACAUGUCUGAAUUAAACUGAUUAUUGUAUUCUAUUGGGGAAAAAAACUUGAAUAAUUGUAUAGAAGAUUACUGCUUUCUUUGUACUACUAAAAUCUGGAAGCCACGUCCAAAGUUUGCAUCUAAUCUAGUUUUGAGUUGUCUGCAAACUUAGUAAAAAUGAAAGUGUGCACAUAAGUGUGAUCUCCAAUAACCUUGUGCUUUUGUUUUCUGGCCUUUGCGUAUUGAAGAUUGAUCUGCGGGACACACAAUGGCAGCGAAAUACAUUUUUCACAAGAAACAAAACAUACUUUCCUCCGGCUAGUUUACAGGUGGAAGUGUCCAUAUGUGUUUCACCU